UUGGUCCUGAGCGUAGAAAGGGUAACAUUUACAUUGUUAAGUUAAGCGAAGCAAAUAGUUUGUAUAGCCAAUAUUUAACAUUAAAUUCUUAUUUGCAAAAAGAAGUAAAUUGUGGUAAUAUUAGUGCUAGCGAUAGUGAAUUGAUUGUCGAUUAUUCACAGCAAUUUCUUUCAUUGUAUAAAGAUAUUGUUAGAUACUCUUCAACGUCAUCCGAUUCGAAAGAAUUUAUUAGUAAUUCAGGUCAGACUAUAGAAACUAUAAACAUGGAAAAAUUUGAUUUUAAAGUUGCUCUGAGUUUGUUACCGGUUAUGAAUGACGACUUAUCUGUAACUAAACAAUUAAUAGAUUCCGUUGAAUAUUAUGAAACCACCCUUACUGCCGAUUCUAAGCCCCAAUUAAUAAAUUUUGUGUUAAAAAAUCGUUUAUCGCAAUCAGCAAAACUUAAAUUACAUCCAAGCUAUUCUAGUAUUUCAGACUUAAUUCAUGAUAUGAAAAAAGAGCUUUUGCCGAAAAAAUCUGCUACGACCAUCCAAACACAAUUGCUGAAUUUUAAGCAGAAUGAGUUGACCAUCAAAGAAUACGGUAAGCAAAUCACUGAAAUGUUUGUUGACUUGACUAUUUCACAGGCAGAUAACGACCCAGAGACUUAUAAGGUGCUUAAGCCCUUAAAUGAAAAGCAAGCAAUCAAACGAUUUGCUGAUGGACUGCGAAAUCGUAGAACCGGGACUAUUAUUACAGCGCGUAACUUUACAUCUUUAAAAGACGCUAUUCAAUCUGCAUUAGAUGAGGAGUUGCCAUCCACUUCUAAUUCCAAUUUAAUGAGCAUAAAUAAAAAAGUUUCCUGUUUUCGAAAUUCCAGGGGACGUUAUAAUUACCGAGGUAAUCAAUAUCGAGGGUACCGUGCCCACCCACAGCACGGCGGUGGUAUGAGCAGAGGCCAACAACCAACGUGGCGUGGCACACAGCGAGGUAGAUCAUGGCGUGGUAAUUCCCGCCCGUACCAGAAUAGAGGUAUGAAAAUAAAAACAAUAGCUUAA